AUGGGAGGCUGCAGCACAUGGGCAUGGCCAGAGCUGCUGGUGCUGCUGGUGGUGCUGGGCAGCGCCUGGCUGCGGGUGGGCAGUGCCCAGCCCACCCCCCCGGGCCCCACGCAGCCCCCCGGGCCCCAGCUGAGGUUCCGCCUGGCCGGGUACCCCCGCAAGCACAACGAGGGGCGCGUGGAGAUCUUCUACAACGACGAGUGGGGCACCAUCUGCGACGACGACUUCACGCUGGGCAACGCGCACGUGCUGUGCCGCCACCUCGGCUUCGUGGCUGCCACUGGCUGGGCACACAGCGCCAAGUACGGCAAAGGAGUCGGGCGGAUCUGGCUGGACAAUGUGAAUUGUGCUGGAAACGAGAAGAGCAUCGGGGACUGCAAACACCGGGGCUGGGGGAACAGCGACUGCAGCCACGAGGAGGAUGCAGGUGUGGUCUGCAAGGAUGAACGCAUCCCAGGCUUUAAGGACUCCAAUAUCAUCGAGACGGAGCAGAGCCACCUGGAGGAGGUGCGGCUGCGGCCGGUGGUGUCCGGGGGGCGGCGGCAGCUGCCGGUGACAGAGGGCAUCGUGGAGGUGCGCUACAAGGACAGCUGGGCACAGAUCUGCGACCAGGGCUGGGACAGCCACAACAGCCGCGUGGUCUGCGGCAUGAUGGGAUUCCCUGCAGAGAAAAAAGUCAACAGGAACUUCUAUAGGAGGCUGAGGCGAGCAGCCAGGACCAAGGGCCCCAGCCUGAGGCUGGGCAGCAGGCUGGCCUCCAAAUCUCAGCCUAAACAAAAGCGCAGGGAGGACGUAGGGCCCAAGAAGAGGCUCUUCACAGAGCGGCAGCAGCUCAACUACCGCCUGCACUCGGUGUCCUGCACGGGGACAGAGGUGCACCUGUCCAUGUGCUCCUUCGAGUUCUACCGGGGCAACUCCUCAGCAGCCUGCGGCUCCGGCAUGCCCGCCGUGGUCAGCUGCGUGCCCGGGCCCCUCUUUGCCACUGGCAGUGCCCACAAGAAGAAACAGCGCCAGCAGCAGCAGCAGCAGGGCCAGCCCCGGAUCCGGCUGAAGGGCGGCGCCAGGGUGGGCGAGGGCCGCGUUGAGGUGCUCAGGAGCAGCGAGUGGGGCACCAUCUGCGACGACCGCUGGAACCUGCAGUCGGCCAGCGUGGUGUGCCGCGAGCUGGGCUUCGGCAGCGCCAAGGAGGCCCUCACCGGGGCACGCAUGGGCCAAGGGACAGGCCCCAUCCACCUGAACGAGGUGCAGUGCCGGGGCACCGAGAAGUCCCUGUGGAACUGUCCCUUCAGGAACAUCACCCAGGAGGACUGCAAGCACACGGAGGACGCUGCUGUUCGCUGCAACAUCCCCUACAUGGGCUACGAGAACCUGAUUCGGCUGAGCGGGGGCCGGAGCCGCUUCGAGGGGCGGGUCGAGGUGGCGGUGGGGGCUGGCGACGGGGACCAGCCCCGCUGGGGUCUGGUGUGCGGAGAAGGCUGGGGCACCCUCGAGGCGAUGGUGGCCUGUCGCCAGCUGGGGCUGGGAUUCGCUAACCACGGCUUACAAGAGACCUGGUACUGGGACGCCAGCAACGUGACAGAGAUGGUCAUGAGCGGGGUGAAGUGCGCUGGCCACGAGAUGUCCCUGAGCCACUGCCAGCACCACGGCGCCAGCCUGAGCUGCAGGAACACGGGCACGCGCUUCGCUGCGGGCGUCAUCUGCUCCGAGACCGCCUCAGACCUGCUGCUGCACGCGCCGCUGGUGCAGGAGACGGCGUACAUCGAGGACAGGCCGCUGCACAUGCUGUACUGUGCUGCUGAGGAGAACUGCCUGGCCAGCUCGGCCCGCCUGGCCAACUGGCCCUACGGCCACCGCCGCCUGCUCCGCUUCUCCUCGCAGAUCCACAACCGCGGCCGCGCCGACUUCCGCCCCAAGGCCGGCCGCCACUCCUGGGUCUGGCACGAGUGCCACCGGCACUACCACAGCAUGGACAUCUUCACCCACUAUGACAUCCUGACCCCCAAUGGCACCAAGGUGGCCGAGGGACACAAGGCCAGCUUCUGCCUGGAGGACACUGAGUGCGAGGAAGACGUGGCCAAGAGGUACGAAUGUGCCAACUUUGGGGAGCAGGGCAUCACCGUGGGCUGCUGGGACCUGUACCGGCACGACAUCGACUGCCAGUGGAUCGACAUCACUGAUGUCAAACCAGGCAACUACAUCCUGCAGGUCGUGAUCAACCCCAACUUUGAGGUGGCAGAAAGUGACUUCACCAACAAUGCCAUGAAAUGCAACUGCAAGUACGACGGGCACCGCAUCUGGGUGCACAGCUGCCACAUCGGAGAUGCACUCAGCGAGGAGGCCAACAAGCGGUUUGAGCAGUACCCAGGUCAGCUCAACAACCAGAUUUCAUAGGGCCCCGGCCCUGGGGAGACAGGCAUCUCCCUCCCUCACCCCAUACUGGUGGGAGGAAGCUGCUGGAAGACCGGCAGGGAGGCCUGAUGCCCAGUGCUGCUGCCACUGUGUCCUGCCGGGGACUGCCCAGGA